GCGUAACUUUCCAUUCAGCUGCCCUUGACACUAGCCUCGCAUGAUGGAGAUUCAAAGCUUCGAUGGCGUAGGCUUGCUUCGGGAGCUACUGCCAAUCCUACUAGCAGCUUUGGCUGCGCUGGUUGCUGCUAAGCUCUUUGUGGCACCGCGCAAAGCAGACCAGGCCCACCGUGCUCCACGUCAAGCCAUCCAGACCGACCUGAAGCUCGCAGGCCCAGAUGUGCCUACUUUGACCUUCUUCGGCGACCAGCUGAAGAGGUUUGAAGACGAAGUCCGGAGAAUCUACGCAGUUAACCAUGAUAAGCCGCCUUUCGGCAGAGGUAUGAAGAACCUGAAUGGCCCCGUGCCACCUUGCGAUGUCAAGGAAAGCAUCAGGCAAAUGCGGGCAGCCUGUGCAGACCUUCAGGAGCCAGUCACAGGCGGAUGGAGACUGCACGAACCAUUGGAUGAUAUCUUCUACACACGAUUUCUGACUGCUGUGGACUUUCACCAAGCUCGGGCUCUACAGCUGAUUCGGAACUACGUGAAGUUUCGCAGAGAGAUGCGCGGAGGAACCCCGCCAGACUAUUCCUGGCUGAAGGCUGGCCUCGGGAUCGUUCCUUUCGAGGAUGUCAUGGGCCGUCCCAUUAUCGUGGCGCGUGCUAAGUAUUUUGAUUCGCAGAUCUCAGCAGAGACAUUUCGCUCCUUUUACCGGGGCAUGGUGGACAGCAUCAUUGCACACCUCUUGAUGAAGCGGCGUCCGCAGCUUUCUGAUACAAAUCCCUUUGAGCAAUACGUCCUUGUGUUGGACGUGCUCGGGGCCACGCGCCGGAACUUCUCCAUGACGGCAAUCCAGGUCAUGAUCCAUGAAAGCAACAACUAUUACCCUGAUCGUGUUGCGCAAAUCUUUGUCCUAGGCGUCAAUUUGGCAGUCCGAAGCCUUUGGUCCCUUGUCAGCCCAAUGGUGAUGCCUCGAACACGCAAGAAGACGGAGCUGAUAAAGGAAGCUGAUGUCCCGAACCUCAUGAGGCAGCUUGUCGGGCAUGAGAAGCUGCCAGAGGAGUAUGGAGGGUCGGCACCUCGUUUACCAUCACCAGCUCAAGCCAAGACCCUAUCAGAUAUGGCAGGGCCCAUUCCUGCAGAUAUUUGGGAAAAGCUUGGAGCUGUGCGGAUGCUUGAAGAGAAGACCGCAAUGGCUUCAAAAAUCUGCGUGGCUUGGGAUAUGCCGCCCUAUGGCUUCCGGCAGAUGAGCUCCUUCAAGCUUUGGCUGCACAGCCGGGGGGAGAGCACUGCAAUCACCCGCACAAUCACAGACUGCGCAGACUUCUUGACAGACCUGCAACAAAGUGCAGAUCUCAAAAAGUUGAACCUGGACCUGCCAAAGCGUGAUGAAGGUUACUCGCCAAGCGGGUGGCUGUCAACAUGUUGCAGCAUCAGG